CCCCGUACGCUAAGAGCGGGCGGAGGCCGCGGGAGCGCCGCAACAUGGCGGCGUCUGGCAGCGGCGGCAGCAGUCGGGCGGAUAACGGCUACGGCAGCCAGCAGCUGCGGCGGAGGAAGGGCCCGGGCGCCCUGGCCACGGCCUACCUCGUUAUCUACAACGUGGUGAUGACGGCGGGGUGGCUUGUUAUUGCAGUUGGUCUAGUUCGAGCAUACCUGGCUAAAGGUAGCUACCAUAGCCUUUACUAUUCAAUAGAAAAGCCCCUGAAAUUCUUCCAAACCGGAGCUUUGCUUGAGAUUCUGCACUGUGCAUUCGGCAUUGUUCCCUCUUCUGUUGUUCUGACUGCUUUCCAAGUGAUGUCAAGGGUUUUCCUGACGUGGGCAGUAACACAUAGUGUAAAAGAGGUCCAAACUGAAGAUAGUGUCCUGUUGUUUGUGGUGGCCUGGACAAUCACUGAGAUAAUCCGUUAUUCUUUUUAUACUUUUAGCUUGUUAAACCAUCUCCCUUAUCUCAUCAAAUGGGCCAGGUACACUUUGUUUAUAAUAUUGUAUCCAAUGGGAGUCUCAGGCGAAUUACUCACAAUAUAUGCUGCAUUACCCUUCGUCAGGCAGUCUGGCUUGUAUUCCAUUAGUUUACCUAACAAGUACAAUUUUUCUUUUGACUACUAUACAUUCCUGAUCCUGGUUAUGAUCUCUUAUAUUCCAAUCUUUCCUCAGCUGUAUUUUCAUAUGCUACAUCAGAGGCGAAAGGUACUUUCCCACACUGAAGAACACAAGAAGUCGGAGUAAUUCCAACUCUUUUUCAGAACUUUUCAAACAUCAAAAUGCUGCAGAUUUUCAAUACCCAGCACAUUUAUAAAGAAUAUACCAAGAUAAAAUAAGUCAGAGGUAAAAGACCAAUAACUUAGCAAGAAUAACCAAUAAAUCUGAUUUCAUGGAAAUUCCACAAUGUAAAACAUUGAAAUAAUUUUCAGCUUGCAGUGCUUCAGAAAACUUUUAUACGGCUUGGCAGUUAGCCUUUUCCUUUUUCUUAAAUGAUGUGCUAAAUGGUUUUCAUUUAUUACUAAAUGCCUGAAGGUUGCAGUAUGAGUGAUGAAGUUGUACCCACUAAAUGCUUGAAUUGGGGUUAUAUUACUGAUAUGUCUUUUUUUUAAGUGCUUGACUGCAUGCCAGAAACUGUAUGUAUUGCUGUGAAAGCAAACAAUAUGCUCUGGAAUACUUUAGGAUUUUGUCAGAGACUCCAGUGGAGAAUGUAAUCCAGGCAAAGUGUUUGAAUUGAGAAAGGUAGGUUGUGUAUUUAAAAGGUGAUGGGAACAAGAACAGGAAACCAAUUAUGGGAAAUCAGGGGAAUGUGGUUCUUUAGGAAUUUAAGCAGUAAGGUGUCUGACCAGAGUCUGUUCUCUGAAGAUCUUGUUUAAGCUGAUUACUCAAAUGCUAAUGUUAAUUCAGAGGCUGUAAUGCUUAUCUGAAACAUUAAAACUCCUCUAAGUACUGCAUCCUGGAUACUUUUUUAAACAUAAAAAAAUAAUACUAACUGUAAUAUUUCUAGUGAUAUCAGUAAUGAAUCUAAACAAUAUAAGGAGGCAGGUCACCCAGAAACAGGUGCAGUUCUCCCUUUUUUACUUUAAACUAUCAUCUCUAGUCACUGUCCACCAUCUCAGUGGUACUCAUCUUUCAAUGUUGAGGACUAUUUGGUCUACUGUGGAAUCAUUUGAGGGCCUUGUUCCUCAACCCAACUUUUCUCAAGUGACUAAUGUGUGUCACUGACACAUCCAAGCAGGCAGUUCCAGGCACUCAGGUUCUGAAGUGUUGCAAAGUCCUAAGCUCCUUCUUUGAAAGCAGAUUAUCUCAUGUGUUACAUGCUGCUUUUGCAGAUUGGACAAGCCCUCCCUCAUCUGCUCUUUUGAAAGAGCAGAAGAUCAUAGAAAGUUAAAUUUUCCUAGAUGCUUUCUCUGGGUUUUCAGGCUAAGCCUUCCCUCGGGAAGGUAGAACAGCAAAUGAAAGAACUGAGAAAACCUUGUGUCAAGGCAGAAAGCACUAAUGCUGUGUGAGCAGUGCCCCAAGUUCUGAACAAACUGUUGACUGGGGGCAGAGGAUGGGGAAUGGAAGGGACAAAGGGAGCAGGGAAAUGAACAAAUACCCAAGCAAAGGCAGUGUAUGUUAUGGCCUUUGCUCUGUUAGGGAUUGCUAGUCGAAUAGUCCUAUCUUUACCCAGUCAGAGCCACUAGACAACAACACAAGGGCUUCUCAGGCUUCCCUCUUGAAACAUCAUGAUUUAGUGCAUAAAUGAGGUGUGACCACUACCAUGGUACCUGCAAUACUAGUCUUGUGCUCUGCCUGCCAGCACCUCCCCCUGGAUAUGGCCCAUAUCUGUGUCCCAGUUACUUGUGCUUGACACAUCGCAGCUCUCCGUAAACAUAGCCAGUAAGUGCUAAGGGCACAGGCUCUCUGUUCUAGCACUUGGGGAGAGCUGGAUUUACAAUUAUUUUGGUUUAUGUUUGUCAGAGCUUUAGUUAAAAAACAAACAAACAAACAAAAAAAAACCUUGGGAUUUUUCAGUAAUUUCCUUUGGCUCCAUCAAAAAGUUGGACUGAAUUUUCCUAGCACUCAGUAACACAUGUAACACCUUUCCUGUUCAACACAAGCAGGACUAUUGUAAGCAGGGAGAGGGUAGGAGAUAAUAAUGAUCUUUGCUUCUAUUUUAAACCUUUUGGAGACAGUUAUUGGCUGUAAUUAAAAAUGCUAUGGCCAUAUACAACCUCAGAGUGGUUUUGCGUUCAAAGAUGCAACAAUUUUAAUUCAUUUCUCCAUUAGGGUAUGUGGUGCUUUGUUGUAGUGAUCUGAGAAAUGUUUCAUUAUACUGAACUCAUUGUUUGAAAGUGUAAACUUCCACCUCUGAAUGAAACACCUCCUUUUGCAUAUACUUGCUAUCAAAGGAGUUAGUGUCAGUAUUUCUAAAGGAUGUCAUCUAAAAGAUCUGAUUUCCUGAUGUACUCAGGUUACUGGAUAUUGUCAAUGCUCAGCUCCUGAACUUUUCUUGAUUUGAUUUCUGUGCCCAAAUAAAAGAUUUGUUUACACAUCUGUUGGUCCAAUUUGGAGAAGAAAAAUGGCUGUGUAAUAUUCCUGUAUGAAACAAACUCAUAGCUCUUUUGAGGAGAAAGAUGUAGUACAGAUCUGUAUUAGAUAGCAUUGGCACUAUGGAAAAGCAGAGAGAUGCCAGCAGGGAGAAAGCUUGUACAACAAACAUCUUUACUGAAUAAGCUUUAGUAUGGAAUAUUUACUUUAAUUGAAAAUACUAAUUUACCACACAAAUAAACUACAGCCUUUUAAAAAAAAAA